AUGCAGUCGGACGGAAAGGACAAGAGCGCAAACCCCAUGCGCGAGCUGCGCAUCCAGAAGCUCGUGCUCAACAUCAGUGUCGGCGAGUCUGGUGACAGACUUACCCGUGCUGCUAAGGUGCUCGAGCAGCUGAGCGGUCAGACUCCAGUCUACAGCAAGGCUCGCUACACUGUCCGUACCUUCGGUAUCCGUCGUAACGAAAAGAUUGCCGUCCACGUUACCGUCCGUGGCCCCAAGGCCGAGGAGAUCCUCGAGCGUGGCCUCAAGGUCAAGGAAUAUGAGCUGAGAAAGAAGAAUUUCUCCGAGACCGGUAACUUCGGUUUCGGUAUCAGCGAGCACAUCGAUCUCGGUAUCAAGUACGACCCUGGUAUCGGUAUCUACGGUAUGGACUUCUACUGCUGCAUGACCCGCCCUGGUGAGCGCGUUGCCAAGCGUCGCCGCUGCAAGUCUCGCAUCGGUUCCAGCCACAAGAUCACCCAGGCCGAGACCAUCAAGUGGUUCAAGAACCGCUUCGACGGCAUUGUUCGGUAA